UUUCACGAUGUUUAGACUUCUCGUCCUAGGUUCUGUAUUUUGUAUCGUGUUUGGCCAAAAGCCUCACCCUUGUGAGAGUCCUAAACAAUUUGAGGGACGCUUCAAUGUGUUUGACCCAGACAAGCACGUGUAUGUGAUUGGUCGGAUGUUCUAUGAUGACACAGGUCGACGGUUCAGGGAGAUUGAAGAGGUCGACAUCCGAGGAGGUCGGGACUACUACGACAGACUGUAUCUACACAACCUAAACUUAGAGUAUUCUUUGAACCUGAAGACCCGGAAGUGCAACGUGACGACCUUAACCCGCCCAUUUGUACCGAUGGCCGUGCCUCUGGAUGCGCGGUAUCUUACAAGCGUCACCAUUGGAGCCAGUGGGCUACCAGAUGAACACCUCUCAUUACACAUCUUUGACGGCAAAACCAAGGAAGGAAAUCCAUAUUUCAUUCACGUGACUGCAGAGGCUUGCCUUCCAACACAAGUCUUCUUUGAAAGUCCUCAAACUGGUCGAAUUCAAAGAAACAUCUAUGACGUCACCUUGGGACUAAGAGACCCGGAUGCAUUUAUUCCUCCGCGAGAGUGUGUCACUGUGUGAUGUGUGCGCUGUAUUGUCAUGCAUUGAAAAUAAAUGUAUUUUACCAAGGCCA